ACUGAAUCUGAUUUUUUUUCGCACACUCUUUGGUAUGGGGAACACUGUGACACGUACAGGAACAGAAGCAGAACGUCUUAAUGGGUUCUGUGCCUUGACUCUUGAGCACUAGCUCUGGAUUCAGUGAUUCUGGAAUAAUUGCCUCGUUGUUAAACCAAAAUUGUAACGGGAAAUGUGGCUUCUUGCAUAUCUGUCAGCUACCGUCCUAUCGGUUACAACUGCGGCUUCCGCAACCCUCAAAAUGCACGGAAAAGACGUUUCCCUAUCUAAUGCCGACCUUCGCAAGCAAUGUGCAGCCGGAACAGAGUGGUGGUAUUUGGUACCGGUACCGGCAGCUUGACACCACCGUACCGAAUGUUGGUAAUAUUCGUAUCAACGUAACACUAAUUGGCCCUACUACGACACCGUUGACCAAUGAUCCCGCCCAGGCAUACUGGACGGCGAGCGCAUACACGACCCCCAACGACAAAAAAUGCCACAGCGAUUAUUACAUGGCCAUGUUUUCCACCUCUGGUCGCAAAAUUGGCUACGGUCUGUCGGCUGAUGAUGGGUUUGUUAUCCAUCCAAUGAAUUUGGCCUUGGUAUACACGGACAACAAAGACCUGAUGGUGCAGUAUGGUUGUUUCCGGAAGAACGACAACGACGCUCUGAAAUCCACCUGUGACGUGCCGGUCAUCUAUGCCGACAUCCGUAUACGUCCGCAAGAUUUGACGACACAGAAACAAGCGGAAUUCGAUAAAAUUAUUAGUACAUUCCUGGAACCAUACUGUAUCACAGCUGACGAUAUACCUAGGGUAAAGUCGUUGUCGCAGCCGUACUGCGAAUUCACCGCACCACCGGAUUGCACCACGCGGAUGGUCAAAGGUCUCGGUGAGAUUGUCGUCAAGCCGGGUGCUACGAACAACGUCCCUGCCUCCAAAAGCGGCAACAGUGCUAGUGCCUGCAAAUGGCCACUGACCAUUCCCGGAGUGAAAACACACGAACCGAAAAAUGUCACGGGAUUAUGGUACAUGUACCGGAAGUUGUACGCCGACGAGCCGAACAGUGUUAAUCAGCAGUACACCGUGCACAACAUCGGGCGGGGCGAACUGCCGCUCAGCGCUAUCCCGGCGCAGUGGCAGUGGAUUGAGUAUUCCCAGUAUAACGGGGAAAACGACAAAACAUGUCACACCGGUUUCUGGACCGGAGCUGUGGGCAACAACGGCCAGCAGAUUGGGUUUGAUGUUAUGACGCUGGGUCAACCAAUGCCUGUUCUUAACAAUAUGAACGGGCUGUACUACGAUAACACCAAAUUCUCUGUGGAUUACGGCUGUAUAAUCCCCAAUACGAAGACCAAUGUGUGCGAUAAACCCUUCGUCUACGCCAGUACACGCGGCCAUCCCGGAAAGCUAAGCAAAGCCGACAAGGACACCUUUGAUAGCAUCAUCAAUGGCCUGUUCCAGAAGUACGGAUGCAGUGUCAGGGAUAUUCCUUUGAUUAAGUUUAUGGACUCUAAGCCCGCCUGCAAGUAUGCUCAGCCAACGGAAUGCAUUUCCAAGGCCAUCCAAGGACUGGUAAUGGCUACCAAAAAUGUCGAAUAGUGCUGCAAAAAACUAAAAUGCAUGAAUUUGUGUAAAACGUCAUUAUUGCGAAGAAACUCGCUGGAGAUUUAUUAGUAGCAUGCGGUGGAUGUUUCGGAAAUAGAGUUCAAUGAAUAUUUGGGUCGCAAUAAAGUACCCUUUGCAAACGCAGCAAAAUCAACUGCAAUUCAAAAGUCAAGAAUCAGA